AGGCUUUAAUCUGAAACAAAGCAGAGAACGAUGGAAUCAUCUGAUGUUAAAAACCUUCUUCAGCUUCAUUCCUGCACUUUGUUCAGUCUCAAGGUCAAACCAGACAGAUCUGGUCCAGGUGGAGCUGCUGGUCCAUCAGAAGGUCAGUGGACAUCUGGUCCAUCAGGUGAUCCGAUGGUUCUCUAAACCUUUCUCUUUGACCUCAGGUUUAAUUAUGAAUCAUGGAAAUGUGAAAAACAUUCGACUGACUUUAUUCAGAAGAACCAGCUGGUCCACAAAGAAACCAGUUUACACCACUGGUCUCAGACUGGUUUCAUACUGGUGUCAGACUGGUUUUAGUCUCGUCUUGGACUGGUUUCAGAUUGGUUUUGGACUGAUUUUGGUCUCGUUUUGGACUGGUUUUAAUCUGGUUUUGGACUAGUUUUGGAUUUCUUUGAGGAACCGGGGUGUUCUGUCACAGCACAGUUUUGGAUUAAGUGAGUUUUGAGCAGUCAGGUGAGGUGAUUCGAGGGGCGGAGCUUCUCUUUUCUCUGCAAGUGAGAGAGGUUCAGGUUUCAGGUGAACAGAGAGAGGACAAAGGUGGACUGAUGGAUGGUUUGAUGAUUUUCUCUUGCUGUGUUUUGAGGCUGUGGACGUCCAGGAAUUUAUUCAUUUUAAUAUUAAUCUGAGAGUUAAAUUGUGUCACAGCAGCUGCACAGAAACAGCAACACUCAGGACAGAAAAGAAUAAAAGUAAAGGUUUCAAAGUCCCAGAGUUCCUGCAGAUUAAAGCCAUCAUCUGACUGACAGAAGCUCCCACAGGAACUUUGGUUGAUUUUAAUUUGAAAGGACCUACAAUAACAUAGCAGGCAGUGAAGCAUGUGGUUUUACUUUGAAAUCCCCCGACAGGAAGCAGCCUGCGCCGUUCCCGUCAACUUUUCGACCAGACUGGCAGACUCUGAUCCGGAUCAUGGACCUGCUGCUGCCGGCUGUCGGUCUCCAGCUGUAAGCUUCAGAGAGCCGCGGAGCUGCAGCAUGCUGCUGCCGGGGAACGAGUCCUCCCGCUGGGCCGACCUGCUGAGCUCCAACCGCUCAGAGCUCGGAGGUCCGGAGCCCGAGGCGGUGGGGGGGCCCGGACCCGAGGCGGUGGUGGUGCCGGCGGUGUUCGGGCUGAUCUUCGUGGUGGGGGUGGUGGGGAACUGUCUGGUCAUGGUGGUGAUCGGAAAGGUGAGAUACCUGGGCGCGGGGGGAGGCGGUGGCAGGCGCGCGCUCAGCCCCACUAACGUGUUCGUGCUGAACCUGAGCGUGGCAGAUCUGUCCUUCCUGCUGUGCUGCGUCCCGCUGCACGCCACCAUCUACUCGCUGCCCGAGUGGCUGUUCGGAGGCUUCCUCUGCUGGUUCGGACACUUCUUCUCCUCCGUCACCAUGCUGGUCAGCAUCUUCACGCUCGUCGCCAUGUCCGUGGACCGCUACGUGGCCGUGGUGCGCUCCAACAAGUCCGCGUGCGUCCGCAGCCGCAAGAACGCGCUGGCGGGUCUGUGCGCCAUCUGGACUCUGUCCCUACUGUGUUCGGUCCCGGUGGCCCAGCACCAGGUCCUCACCAGCCACCCCACCGCCCCCAACAGCACCUUCUGCUGGGAGAACUGGACCGGAGCGUCCCGACGCGCCUACCGGGUGACUGUGCUGCUGCUCGGCUUCCUGCUGCCGCUGCUGCUCAUCAGCUACUGCUACUUCAGGGUUUUAUUUCAUCUCCAUAAAAAGAUGAACAACAUGUCCAAGAAGUCUGAGCGCUCCAAAAGAAAGACGGCCCAGACGGUUCUCCUGGUGGUCGCUGCCUUCGCCAUCUGCUGGAUGCCACAUCACAUCAUCGUCAUGUGGGUGGAGUUUGGUUCCUUCCCGCUGACUGACGCCUCCUUCGCCUUCCGCAUCGUGUCCCACUGUCUGUCCUACGGGAACUCCUGCGUCAACCCCGUCCUCUACGCCUUCCUGUCUGAGAACUUCCGGAAGGCCUGUCGCCAGGUGUUCACCCGCCACCUGCGCUCGCCACCGCCUCUGCCGCUGCCCAGCGGGAAGGUGGUCCGGUUCCGCUUGGACACGUUCUCCACCACACACUCCACCACCAACAUCUGAACAGGUAGUCCUGUUCCUGUUUACCUGUCCUUAAAGUCGUUCCUUCUAAAGGUUGAGAGAAGAUCAACUGCUGUGGAAUCAUGUUUGGUUCCUUUUAAAACUUUGUAUGUUUUGGUUUAAUAAAUAAAUGGUUUACUUCACCGAACAAGCAGGAGAACAGAUGGUGAAUUAAAUUAAUAAGUCUUAUUUAUGUAGCAUCAAUCAUAUCACAGAGGAGUCAGCAUCAGAGGAACUAACAUGAUGAGAUGAAGUCCUUCAGACUCUGACCAGAAGUCGGUGACAAAAAGUCCAAGUGUUUGAACCAGAAAACAGCAGACUGGUUGAAUCUUUACCUUUGUCACAUUUUCAUGAAUUUAAAUGUUCAGUCAUCCUUUCAUACCAACAUUAGACCAAUAAUAAUCCACGAAAGAACCAGAACACCUGACUGUUUACUGUUUCAGAGGUUCCAUCAGAGAAUGUCCAGAGUUGUCAAAGACUGAUGAUCAACACGGACUUUACUGAACGUGUAAAAGAAUGAAGAUGAUUUGAUCAGAAAUAAACCAGUCACUGUUGGUUUAAAAGACUUUACAAGAAACAAACAUUUAUCAAACAGUCAUUGGUCUUUUCUUUAACCCACAAAUAAGAGCAGCAACAAACUGACUCUUUAAUCAGCCUCAGGUCCAGAGAUGAUCUCCAACCUCUGAUUGGAGGUCCAGAGAUGAUCUCUAACCUGAUUUCAGGUUCAUGGUCUUCAGUCCUGACUGAAGGUUUCUUUCUUCUGGCUGUGAUCUGCAGCUCUGAUGUCUGAACGUGAAUAUUUAUAGAACAUUCCAUGUUUUUCUCUUCUGAUGUUAAAAUGGAGAUAAAUUAACCUGUCAGGUCUCCAGACUCCAGAUGUUCAGUCCCUGUUCUUUAGACAUGAAAUAAACGUUGUGUUGGUUUCAGUGAGUAAACUGAGAUGGAACGCUUUAAACCUGCAGAGUGUUUGUUCAGAUAAAUGUAUUUAAUAAACUGAUCUGAGAACA